AUGCUACCUUGUAGUAGAGAUAUGCAGGCCAUGAACAUCAAUUCAUUCUUGAACCAACUACAACAACCUCAAAUGUCUCUCCCAGAAUUAGAAAUUCAUCAUCAUCAAAAUGGUCUUUCAUCCCACUUCGAUCCUGCGUCAUCUCAUGAUGAUUUUCUCGACCAUAUUCUAUCUUCAGCUCCAUCCUCCUUCCAUUGGGACCUCUCUUCUCCAUCUCCGAGCACAACCGGUGACCCAUCGUUGCCAUCGAAUCUGACUAACCAUUUCAAUGAUCAAUCUGCUAAAGCCUUGAUGUUGUCUAGAGGACCGCCUAACCUGGAAAAUGAUGCAUCAGUGCAAGCUCUAUAUGAUGGAUUCACAGGAUUUCUUGGUCAAACUUCAGAUCAAACUCAGCAUUUUCACCACCCUCAGGAUCAUAAUUCGGGAGCCCCUGCAGCGGAGGCUGCACCACCAUCGACGGCAAGUGGAUCAGGUGGAGGAGGGGCGGCGGGACAGCGGAGGCAGAGGGUGAGGGCUAGGAGAGGACAGGCUACUGAUCCUCACAGCAUCGCAGAAAGAUUACGUCGGGAGAGAAUUGCGGAGAGAAUGAAGGGUUUGCAGGAGCUUGUACCAAACUCUAACAAGACAGAUAAGGCUUCAAUGCUGGAUGAGAUCAUCGACUAUGUCAAAUUCCUGCAGCUCCAAGUCAAAGUUCUUAGCAUAAGUAGAUUGGGUGGUGCUACGGGUAUUCCCCAAUCACACCUAGUUCAUGGUACGCCUUCUAAUCAGGGGAGAAGUGGUAAUGGAAAGCAAACAACCCCAUUAACCAACAACAACAUAACAGGGGCCGAUCACCAUGUGACGAAGCUACUUGAAGAAGACAUGGGCUCUGCCAUGCAAUACCUCCAAGGCAAAGGUCUCUGCCUCAUGCCCAUUUCACUAGCCACUGCCAUCUCCACAGCCACAUGUCGUUCGAGGAACCCUAUGGAUUCCAUUAAUAGUAACACCAAUAAUCAAUUGGUUAAUGGCGACGAAUCUUGUGGGACGUCCUCUCCUAGGAUGUCGAUCGGCUUUGAUCGUUCAGUCAACCACGAUUGCAAUAUCAGCAAAAAAGAAUCAAGAGAACAAGAAUAA